GAGCACCACAACCCCCUGCUCAACAAGUGGUGGCCAUGACAAGAGAAGAGGUGCAGAGGAUGGUGGCCGACGCGGCGGCACAGGCUGUGCAACAAGCAACUCACCAGACAUCCCAGGCUGCCACUGCACCGACAACGGUGCAAGGAACGCAAGAGGAGGAUGUGUCGAGCUAUAGCGGAGGAGGAGAGUACAGGGAUAGAGCUAUGGAGAGGAUGGCCGAACAACUGAGGCAAUUGCAGGAGAAGGUGGAAGGGAGGCCAGAAAGACGUGCUCGAGGACACCCAUUCUCGAGGGAAAUUCUAGCUGCGCCGUUACCUGCAAGCUUUCGGGAGAUAAACCUGAUUUUCGAUGGGUCGAGUGACCCGUCGAGGCACGUGAGAGCAUUCGAAAACAUGUCCGUCUUACAUAGAUACUCAGAUCCGGUCAGCUGCAGGGCCUUCUUGUCGACUUUACGAGGAGGUGCGCUUGACUGGUUCCACCAACUGACUCCAGGUUCGAUCAGAGACUUUGAGGACUUCGUAGGACAACUCACUAAUCAAUACUCAAGCGCAGUCGCCCAGGAGAAGACAUACCUCACCCUGAUGGCAAUGAGGCAAGGCGAGAAAGAAUCCUUACGGAAAUAUGUUGCUCGAUAUAAUCAGGUGUGUCUGGAGGUGCCCACGGCGGGUGAUGAAGUGAAAGCAGGAGGAUUGAUUAGCAGUCUAAGGCCAGGACCAU